CUCAUACUCCUUUGUCGCAGGAAAUCACGGCCCAUAGCACUCGAGUUGAUGUAUCUGGGACCUAUCAAAUCUCCAAUCUAGCUGGUAAUGAAUCGCCAGCUAUUCGCGUCGUGCAACAAGACCGUCAUCAGAACAUCCCACAAACACAUCAACAACCAGAACAGCAAUAACAACAUGCUGAGUAUGAACAUGCCGGGAGGGUAUACCUCAUCGCCUAUGCCCAGUUCGGGACAAGCCAGGUGGGACGAAAGAUUAGAGGAAGAAUCUCAGCGGACGUAUAGUCCUUGGUCGGGGAGACUAGUCUUUGCAAAGACUCGGAAGGAGGAGAACAAUAACGGUCUCGCUGAUGAGCGAAAUGAAUGCACUCGUCGCGGGUCGACAUCUUCGAACGAUCAGUCAGGCUUCUCGGAGCAGGAAGACGAGGUUCAACAUAUCAAGACUAUCACUAGAAAUAUCCACAACGUUGAUAGGUACGACGACAUAAACAAGAACGACCCCGAUAUCCGCUCUUCUCUCCUAAUCGACCGGAUCAUCGACCUCACUCUUUCACCGUCCCCAUCAGGAUCGAAAUCUCGGAUAUCGGAUCAGGACGAGCAGAUGAUCACUCCUAUUCGAGCCAGACCUCGAGCGGUGGCACGAUACGCCUCGCCCGAAUGUAGAACCGCCAUGAGUCCCCUAAAACCCAGGUUCAGUGGGCCUGCUCAACAACAGCCAAAGGUCGGAAUGAAGACCUUGCACCCGUUCUUCAAUCCGCCGACCGCUGCUUGUGGGUCGCCGUCGAGCCCGUUACCGCCUUUAUCGCAUGCGCCUAGAUUGUCCAUGAGGACGCUCCAGCCGGGUAGUCAGAGCACCGAGUCUGCUACCUCUAGCAGUCAGGCCAGUACCAGUACCUACACGAGUACCAGUACUGGUACUAGCUCCACUACCACUUCGCCCGGGUCUUAUCGUCGACCCGUACAGGUGCUUCGAGGGUUGCAGAAUUCGAGAGUCGUCAUAGAGGAGAGGAUUGCGACCGGUCAUCGAGAUCUGUGGACCUGGGGCAAAUCUCGCGAGGUCGAGAAGGUGCCGGACGAUUUGAUCUUGGACUUUGACGCUCUUAACCUCGAUGCCAGAGCUUUGCCGAAGUCUGCUACUACCGCAAACCCGAGCAAAGCUACCACGAAUCUCCCCCCGAGCAAGACCACAACACUGGUCAAGCCAAAGGUCGCCGCUGCACCGAAACCCGCCGAACCUGAAAUCGCACCUGAACCCGUGAUCCCCAGACGCCCUGUCAACAAAGCCUUCUUUGAUGUUCAGGAUCUCCCCUUCUUCUCCUACAAGUCCCUCAAACCGCCUCCGACCAUCGUCUACACUUGUUGUCCGGACGAGACGAAUGACCUCUUGCCUCUCCUGAAAGGCGACGUCGUGGGAUUCGACAUGGAAUGGCCCGUUAAUUAUCGUCGAUACAAGGGCUCGACCAAGGCGACAAAAUUGGACGACAAGACGGCGUUGAUACAGAUCUGUGAUGACAAGAUAGUUUUGUUGUUGCACUUGUCAAAGAUGAGAUCAUUUCCUAAAGGGCUUAUGAACCUGAUCAACAACGAAAAGAUCUUCAAGGUCGGUGUUAACAUCCGGGGAGACGCCCGAAAAAUUCACCAAGAUUAUGAAUACGUCGACCCCAAGUCGAUGCUCGACCUGUCAUUCUUGGCACGCGCAGUCGACCCGGACAAUUGUGGCAACGGGAGCCAGCUCAUCUCGCUAGCUCGGUUGACCCGAGGAUACAUCGGGAACGAUCUGAACAAGGACGACGGGUUGAGGAAGAGCGAUUGGAGUUUGGCGUUGGACGAAGAUCAGAAAGAGUACGCGGCCAACGACGUCGUGGCGUCGAUGUCGAUCUAUCGCAAGCUUGAGCAACUAGCGAAGGAACGCGGUCUUCGUGUCGAUAGGGACGAAAUCUGCAAUCCUCCACCUCCCGCGCCCCCAGCUGCAAACAGCGUCGCAGCCUACUGGGCUCGUCGCAGAAGUUGGGGCAAAAAGUGAUGCCUUCUCCGU